UCACAGACACACCAGCGCCGCAUGCAGAUUUCUAGUGUAAUGAGCGAUAUUGCAAGACGCACAGAUGACAACGAGGAGUACAAUUGCUGGUCGGAUAUACUAUAUUCUCUUGAUGUCUUGGGCGUUGCUGGCACGUCUGACACUGAAGAGGUUUUUGAUACACAAGGUCAACAGGGCAUCAUUAAGUAUGAACCUGGCUUCCGCCAUCCACAGUUCAAUGUUUUGUUCGACACAGUAGACAAAGUUCCUCAAGUUGCAACGCAUUUGUUUCGCCAAAUCGGGCGAAAGCGGCUUCCCAGAAUACGUGGUAUUGUGCCAGUCACUCGGAACCCCCCAGAAAACCUUCCUUCAUCAUAUUAUCGGAUCGAAUAUCUAGAGACGAUGAAG